UUUUCUCUUCCUUAAAUGACUCAAAUACUUAAAUUCUGACUUUUGUGGUGCAGUAUUUGAGUUAAUGUACUUGUUGACUUAAUUUAAAAUGUGAGGAUGUUGAUGUUUGUUGUGACUAAGUGGAGCCUGUGCUGUCCUGAGGCUUGGCUCCAGUAAUGAGAGCCUUCCUGACAGCCAAACAGUUUCCUUCCUCUCGUAUCUGCUGUCGUUUUACUCUCUAAAUACUGUAUUUACAGCCAUCUGGUAUCAACGCUGCUGCCAUGGUGAAUUCAAAAUAGAGAAUAGGUUUUUGUACAAACAGAGACUGAGAGUUACUGCUAUGAGAUUUGCUUGACGACACUCUUGAUCCUUAUUGAGAUUAGUGCACGAGACCUAGAUGUGCAGGUAAGCCAUCCUUGGUCAAAUGGUAGCAAAAAUCUGUCUCUUCAGUUAAGCAUACAUUAAUAAUUUGCUGGAUUGGGUUGGAUCUUCAGCGGAUACAAACUCACGUAGGAACCUCUCAUGGUGGCACAGUGCUGCCCAGACUCUUCCUGAACUCUCAGAGAGCAAGGGAAAGUAAAAUAGUAGAACAUGUAGGCAGCAUGAUAUCUUUUUUUACAUGUUUUAAGUACCUGGUGAAACAUGGUAUUUGCCAACCUUGCAUGCUAAUUCAGAUCCAGAUAUAUUUACUCUACACAUAAAACAAAACAACACAAUCUGUACAAAUUAAAACAACCAGUUUAUACCUGCAGCACAAACUAAAUUACACCUACACCUAGUGUACCUUCUGCAUGUAUAUGAAUAGAGACACAAAUAUCUGGAUGUGAUGGCAUUCCUCACAGUAAGGAGCUUGUUGGCACCUCAGCAGAUGUGAAGUAUCUAAACCACACAUUCACUUACUCUAUUUAAAAAACAUUGAACCACACAAACUGGAAUUUAGAUCUCAAAGGUGGAGUUGUCAAAGUUGAGGGACUAUCCAGGAUGCCAGUAAGGUGUAUUUUAAUGCAGGUAUGUGUAGCAGUAAAUUAUUGUUACUGCUUUUGCUUGACAUUGUGAUGACUAAACUAAUGAUGAUAAAAAAACAUUAUUUUAAUUAUUAGCUCAUAACAUUUUGCUGCAACACUUGUGUUCACAGCAAGCUUUCUAUUGUGUACUUUAGCUUAUUUACUGGAGUGAUUGUACCUGCUUGGCUACAUACCCAUUGCCCCUGAAGUAAAUAUAAUAAUAAUUAGCAGUUGCUUAAAAUGUAAAGUUUAUUUAUUUAUGCUUCAUGGAUUUCAGUUUUUCCUGAAAAAAAAGGUAAGAGUUUGGUUGAAAAACAGGUAGCAAAACUGCCUUGAACUGAAUUAUCCUGGAGAGGGAGACAUUUUCCUUUAAGUGAAUUGUUUCUGACUCUCACAUCAGCCCUCCUGAAUAUAGAAACUUCCAGAAGACAAGACAGCACAUAGUCUUAGAUUUAAAUGUAUAACUCACAAUAAGGGGUUGUGUGUGAAACACAUAUUAAAACUAACUAUCAGCCAAUUUAUUUAAUAUUUCUCUGUAUUACUGUUAUUUAUUGGUGUAUUUAACAGGGCCAUUCUGUAGUCUGUGGGCUUAUGUUACAAAUUCAAGCAGAAAAAGAUAGAUAUUAGGAAGGGGACAUUUUUCUUCAAAAAACACAUUCAAAAAUUAAAAUAAAUAGCAAUAUGGAAUGUUAGGUAGGUUGUUGCUUCAAUGCUUUCUCUGACGCAACAACCUUUGAUUUAACUGUGCCAUGUGAACCACACUUCAUGAAGUGUAAAAGUAAAUUGGUGAAGAAAUGAUGCUACUAACAGUAUUAUUUCUCGUUUCUCCCUAAAGGACCCUUGUGUGUCUCUGCUAUAAGGAAAGCUGGCAUUGUGCUCCGGCCAUUCAUGUCUUGGAGGGGCGGAGUUAGCGGAGCCGGAGAGGGGUCAUAACAAGAUGUGUGUCCCCGACUGAAGCAACAUUAUUUCCGCCCUGGUCCCGAGCCGUCCUGAGUCUCUUUGAAAGGAGCUUUUAAAUGGACUCUGAAACGAGUCUGAGCUGAUCGCAGAAGUGACUGACAACUCUGAACAGAAGCAGAGGAUGGAUGGGAACUUUUCCCCGGCUGCUAUCUUCUCAGUAGUCCUGCUCACCGUGGUGUUGUCCCCUUCAACAGCUUUUCUGGAGCCUUACGACCUUUUAUAUGACAAUGCGGUUCAGGCGUUUUACAACAGCGACUACUCAAAUGUGGUGCGCUUCAUGGAGGGAGCGCUCAGCAGCUACAGGGAAGUCCGCCAAACCAAGGUCCGGUGCCGGCUGAGGUGCCAGGACCAGCAUCCCUUUGAUGCGACCUUCUCGGACCUGCGCUUCCCUGACGUGGUGCUCCGGAGAGCAGCGUGUAUGAACACAUGCAUCGAGGAGAAACUUGGCAGUCAGUCUCUGCACAAAGUCAGCGAGGAUGUAGUGCAGGACUUCCACAGGAGGAUCCCCUACAACUAUCUUCAACUGGCUUAUAAGAAGUUGAAGCAGCCUGACAAGGCAGCAGCGGCGGCUCACACUUAUUUCCAGGCCAACCCAGAGCAUGUGGAGAUGAGUCAGAACCUGGAGCAGUACAAAGACCUGAAGGGUGUCGAAGAGGACCACUUUGUGGACCGAGAAGCCCGGCCUCACCAGCGCUCCUUUGCUGGCGCAGUGAGUUUGUAUGAUAAAGGCUUCCAUGAGGAAGCCAUCGCUCUGUUCGAGCAGGCUCUGGUGGAGUACUAUAAAGCAGACUCCGAGUGCCGGGCCCUGUGUCAAUGGCCACAGAGGUUCGAGGGCCACGACUACCUCCGCUACCGUUACAGCCUUUAUGAACUCAUUUCAGAUCACUUCACUCAGGUGCUGCACUGUGAACACGAGUGUGUUCGAGACCUCGCCACCCGACCUGGCCGCCUCUCACCCAUGGAGAACUACCUGCCUUUGCACUACGACUACCUGCAGUUUGCCUACUUCCACGUGGACAGGCUGGAGGAGGCGCUGCAGUGCGCUCUGACCUACCUGCUAUUCCACGAGGGAGAGGAGUCCAUGACGGACAACAUGGAUUACUACAGAGAGGAGCUGGGACACGAUGGCAAGCCAAGAGAGAAUGCGGCAUGGUACCUGAGGAGGCACAAACAGGAACUGGAGCUCCUUCUGAUUGGCAGCGAAACCAUGGGUGUAGAGUUUACAGAAGGGAAUUAUUGGAGCAGCACAGGUCGAAGAGAGGACUCUAACAGGAUUCCCUCUGGUACAGACGGUUGGAUGGAGUAUGUUCCCAUCUCAGAGAAGAAGAACAUCUCUGCUCUUGCUCCACAGCAACUCAAAGAAGGUGGCCCCUUGCUGUUCGACAAGGUGCAGCUGGUGCAGAACUCUGCGGCUUUGAACGGGACGCAGCGGGUGCUGCUGGAUCAUGUCAUAUCUGAGGUGGAGUGCUCGGACCUCAGAGACCUGGCACAUGCUGUCACCAAGGCAGGAGACGGCUACAGAGGGAGGAUGUCUCCACACACUCCCAAUGAGAAGUUUGAAGGAGCCACUGUGCUAAAAACCCUGCAGUACGGCUAUGAGGGCAGGGUGCCGAUGAGGAGUGCUCGCAUGUUCUAUGAUAUCAGCGAGCGGGCAAGGCAGAUUAUCGAGUCUUACUUUCUGCUCAACUCCACCCUACACUUCUCCUACACACACCUAGUGUGCCGGACAGCCAUCACAGGUCAGCAGGAUCACAGGAAUGACCUCAGCCAUCCCAUCCAUGCUGACAACUGUCUGCUGGACCCCGAGGCCAAUGAGUGCUGGAAGGAGCCUCCAGCGUAUACAUACAGAGACUACAGUGCACUGUUAUAUCUAAAUGGAGAUUUCGAAGGAGGGGAGUUUAUAUUCACAGAAAUGGAUGCCAAAACAGUCACGGCAUCAGUGAAGCCCAAGUGCGGCCGGAUGGUGGGUUUCUCAUCAGGAGGGGAGAAUCCACACGGUGUGAAGGCCGUCACAAGCGGGCAGAGGUGUGCCGUCGCUCUGUGGUUCACCCUGGACCCGCUCUUCAGAGAACUGGAGAGACUUCAGGCGGAUGAGGUGAUCCAGGCAUUGGACACACAGUCUGUGUGGGAUCAAGGCCUCAACAUCAACCCUAAAGAUGAACUUUAGAAGCUCCACCUCUUCCCCUUCUACCAAAUCCUUCUAAAUAUUUUAACUAUUUAUUGAAACAGCCUUUGGAUCAGAACUUUUCUAUUUUUGUACUGUUUGAAGUGCAAGGUUAAUAAUAUUGUCGUUUUUUUUGUGUUUUGUUUUGUUUUGUUUCUCUACCCACAAGUACUUGAGUUUACCUUUUGUCUUUCCCUCCAGCGACAGCUUCUGAAAUUCAACUAUUUCUGUUUUGUUUUGUUGUACCUGGUAAGUAGACUGUUUCAUCUAAGAUUGAUUAUAUCUGUAAUCUCACUGAACUGUGAAGAAGCCAAACCGAAGAACGGCAGUCCUUUUUUUUGUUGUUGCUCUGAGUUGUGCUUGUCCUUGUUUUGGACAACAUAUCUAAUGGGUUUUAUUCAUCAACACUAUGCAGAUAUUUACAAAGAAUGUCGUACUUUCGUGGUCUCUAUUUUAAAAUAACUCACAAAGGGUACCGUUGCAAUUACUAUUAAUAACUAACAACAUAAUGUUCUUCAAUAUUUUUUAUAGUGCCAGUAUUAACUAUUUUCAAUGUAGAAACGGACUGUUUUUCUAAUUUGGGUACCUGAUUUUAUAAUAGUGCUCAUACAAAGAGUUUAAGAAAGAGAUAUGUUCUUAUAUGCUGAAUAUUUAAUGAUCAUGCACUCUGUCCUCCUCUGUGUGCCAAGUCUGAAACUGUAAAUGUCUUCUUUUCCUUUGUUGUUUGCGUGAUCCCCCUUACUCUCUGGGCACACAGAGCAGAAUAUACUGUUUUACAUGUUCACUGACAUAUUUUACUAUUAUUUAUGUGUUUUUUUAAUAAUAGCCAGCUGCUGACGUAACUGUUGGCAUUUAAUAUGAGGAACUUUUUUCAUAAAAGAUGUCAAUCAUUCCUGUUUCAAGGAAUAAAUAUGUAUCUAUUUUUUUUUUUUGUCUUUAUAAUUGUGUUGAGGAUACAGAUGAGAGGUCGAGUCGUGCACUGUAAAUCCAAUGGAGAGAAACGUACAAAAAGCUUCGUCUUCUUCUUUUUUUUUUUUACAUAGAUACAAACUGCUAACCAGAAACUUAAACCUGUCGUGUUAUGAGGUUGGCCACUUUUGUUUCACUGAUAUUUAAUUCUGAAAUGCUGUAGCACACAAAAAUGUAUGUGUCCAUGUCUAUAAAUUAAAAUUAUAAAAUUCCAUAUCUAUAUUUAA